UGCGGAAUACUGAGUAAUAUAAUAGGAGUCUUUGUCUAUAAGUAGGUUUGCGCUGUCUGUUCAGAUCCUCUUUCCGUCUCACACAUCAGAUACGAUAUCCCACUCUACACAAGACUAGCAUUACUCGUCAGCCAAUACUUUCUCUCCACAACCCUGGUUACUAUUUAACACAAUGUCUUCAUGCGCCCCAGCAAAAUCUCUCCGCCAACUUCUUGGUGCUCCUCCUUCAACCGCUUCAACCCAAGACUCAACCCUGAUCAUCAUUGAUGCCCAAAAUGAAUACGCUUGCGGCCACCUCCAGAUCGAGGGCGUCUCCGAAAGCCGCAAAGUAAUUUCAGACCUUCUGACUAAGUAUCGCACCAACGGUACUCACAACGGCAGAAACAUCGUCCAUGUUGUUCACCAGACCCCACCAGGCGCUCCCGUCUUCACUCCGAACACGCACCUAGAAAUUGAGUUCGACGAACUCACCCCUGUGCCUGGGGAGAAGAUCAUCAGCAAGAACUUCCCUAGUUCUUUUGCCCAGACGGAAUUGCACGAGUACUUGGGCAGUCUCGAAGCUGUUGGAAAGAAGAUCGUGCUGGUCGGCUAUAUGGCGCACGUGUGUGUCUCUACGACUGCCAGGGCUGGCAAUGAACUUGGUUAUGAGGUUGUAGUUGUGCGUGAUGCGGUGGGCGAUCGGAAUAUUCUUGGAGUGGAGGCUGCAACUUUGAAGGAUGUGGCGUUGAGUGAGCUGGAGGAUGCUUUCGCGACGGUUGUCUCUGCUCGUGAUAUUACUGCCUAGAGCAUUAUGCUAGUUGCGAAAACUACAUUCGACUAUGUGCUUUGUCUCGUACUGAACCUUCUCUUUUCUACAAACAUAUCAUGAUUGUAAUGUAGAUACUGCAUGAAUAUGAAGGAAGAUGUGGACGCAG